AUGCAAAAUAGCACAGUAGGUGUUUCAAACCUUCCAAAUCUACUGCACAACGAGUUUUCAUUCCAUGGAUGCAACUUUAACAUAAUGGUUGUUGGUUCCCAUGGAUUGGGAAAGACCACCUUCCUUAAUAAGUUGCUAGAGACCAAGGUCAUAAAAAAGCAGCCAUUUGAUUGCCCAUAUGAUAACCCAUUCUGGGCUACAGAAUCCAAAUGCAAUAUCCAGACAUCUUCUUUUGAGAUCAGGGAGAACGGAUUCACGAUUAGGCUGAAUAUUACAGAGGUUGAUGGAAUUGGAGAUUGCGUUGAUAACAGAGACUGCUAUAAACCCAUCAUUGACAUACUUGAAUCUAAUUUCAAUGAUUAUCAUCAAAAGUUCAAGGAACAGACCCGAAGUAUGAUCGAUGAUAGGAGAAUACAUGUCUGCUUCUACUUUUUAGAGCCUAUAUUUACAAUAAAGAAACCCGAUCUUGAAACACUCAGGCAUAUUUCGCCACACUGUACGAUUGUUCCAAUAAUUGCAAAGUCUGAUUUAGUCAGCAGGGACCAGGUCUUAGUCUUAAAGACAUGCAUCAGAAGAUUACUUAAAGCUAGUAAUAUUCCAUUUUUCGAAGACAUCGAAGGACAGGCGGAAGCCCCAUUUAUGAUAUUUUCAGAAAUGAGGGAUAGUGAUUCUCUGAAAAACUCCGAAUGGAUGCCUACAUCUUUCAACACACAGACGAAUGAUUUCAUAAUACUCAAAAGACUAAUAAUUGAAAAAAGUGCCAUUGACUUGAUCAAAGAGACUGACCAAUACUAUGAUAACUAUAGGGUUUCUCGUCUCAUAAUGAACUCUACAGACAAAGAGAUAAUAGCAACUAAGGAAAGAAUUGAGAAGAAGAUUAAAGAGUACCAAGACAAAAUAAGCAGAAUCCAAAAGAGAAUUGGUGAGCAUAAUGGCAGUAUUCGGGCAGAAGUUCAAUAA